AUGGCAGAAGCAGCACGGGAAGCGUAUACGUCCAGCCUCGACCACGAGGAGCGUACCCGGAAGCGGAUAGCCCGUGAAUCGCACAAACAAUCCCAAGAUGCACAAACCCUCCGCGGCCUGCGGGCCAAACUCUACCACAAGAAGCGCCAUGCCGAAAAGAUCCAGAUGCGCAAACGCAUCAAGGCGCAAGAAGAAAGAGAUGUCAAGUCCGCCGCGCCCAACGAGCCCUCUACGACCCCUCUGCCACAAUAUCUCCUCGACCGCUCCCAGGCCACCAAUGCCAAGGCCCUUUCGAGCGCGAUUAAAGAGAAGCGAGCGGAAAAGGCGGCCAAGUUCUCGGUUCCACUGCCUAAGGUGAAGGGCAUCAGUGAGGAGGAGAUGUUCAAGGUUGUCAAGACGGGGAAGAAGACGUCGAAGAAGAGCUGGAAGAGGAUGAUUACGAAGCCCACUUUUGUGGGUAAUGACUUUACCCGAAGACCGGUCAAGUACGAGCGGUUUAUCAGGCCGAUGGGGUUGAGGUACAAGAAGGCGAAUGUGACGCAUCCGGAGUUGGGAGUCACCGUGCAACUGCCGAUUAUCAGCGUGAAGAAAAACCCGCAGAGCCCGAUGUAUACACAGCUGGGGGUGCUGACGAAAGGGACGAUCAUCGAAGUCAAUGUGUCGGAGUUGGGAUUAGUGACCGCCGGCGGUAAGGUGGUCUGGGGCAAGUGGGCUCAGAUUACAAAUAAUUGUGAGAACGACGGAUGUGUCAAUGCGUGA